AUGUCAAAAAGGACAUAUUUGAGUGGUUCAGACAAAAGAAAAAGACUUGCGAUCCAAAAAGAAAAAAUUAACAAAUUGCCUAAGCUUACUUCAUUUUUUACACUCGAGGAAACUAACAGGCAGAAUGAGUUUUCGACCUCGUUAUAUCAAGGUACCUCUAAAUUUGAAAGUCCAGAAAUUGGACCCACUUUUAAUGAUACAACUAGUGUUUUGAGUUCAUCAACUCCAAAUUUUACUACAAAUACACAUAUUAUAGAAAAUAUAUCUCACGACCCUGGUACUUACUGUGAUGAUAUUUUAACUGAAGAAAAACGCGAUAUUUGGAUACUCAAAGGACCAGAGUUUUUCCAGAAUAAAAAUAGUGACUUCUCCGAAACUUUUACAAGUUUUUCAGAUGUAAGUGGUAAAACAAAAACUAGAAGCUUGACUAGAAAUGUUUUCACCCGCAAAUUGACGAAUGGAGAGUGUGUAGAAAGAAGUUGGCUCAUAUAUUCGCCGUUGAAGAAAUCUGUAUAUUGUUAUUGCUGUCGUAUUUUUAAUUAUACUAUUACUAUAGGCAACAGUUUGAGUUCUUCUAAUGGAUACAAAGAUUGGAAACAUAUUAGUAACUUUUUAAUGGAGCAUGAGAAUAGUUCACUACACAAGCAAUCAAUGAUGAAGUAUGUCUCAAGAAGCAAAACUAUUGCUCGAGUGGAUAAUGGAUUGAUUUCUCAAUACAAUGCUGAAAUCAAUUAUUGGAAGAAUGUACUCAAAAGGAUUGUUGCUGUGGUAAAGUUUUUGGCUUCAAGGGGACUUGGAUUUCGUGGUGAUAAUGAAAUGUUGGGAUCUCAAAAUAACGGUAAUUAUUUGGGAUGCUUAGAAUUAAUAAGCGAAUUUGACCCUUUUCUAGCUGAUCAUAUACAAAACUACGGAAGUCGUGGAAAAGGAAGUACAUCAUAUUUGUCUGCAAAUAUUUGCAACGAAUUUAUUAAUAUAAUGGGGGAAAAAGUGUUAACAACAAUUAUUAGUGAAAUAAAAGCAGCAAAAUACUAUUCAAUAAGCGUCGAUUCCACUCCAGAUCUAUCUCAUGUGGACCAACUCACUUUUAUUGUACGGUUUGUUAAAGACGGAAAGCCUAUUGAGAGAUUUUUGCAAUUUUUGCCUAUCGAAGAGCAUAAAGCGCAAUAUAUAGCAGAUACGGUUUUAAACUUUUUGGAAGACCAUAAAAUUCCAAUAAAAAAUUGUCGUGGGCAGAGUUACGACAACGCAGCAAAUAUGGCAGGAAAGUAUUCUGGGCUACAGGCAAGAAUUAAAGAGCAAUGUAAAUUUGCAAUUUUCGUCCCGUGUGCAGCACAUUCAUUGAACCUGGUAGGGGUCCAAGCGGUUGGAUGUGUUUCAGAAGCAGUAUCAUACUUUCAAUUAGUCCAGAAAUUGUUCAAUUUUUUUUCAAGUUCAACCAAUCGAUGGAAGAUAUUAAAAGGAUGUUUAGGCGGACAAAAAGUUCUGAAAAACUUAUCUGAAACCAGAUGGUCGGCACGAGCUGAUGCUAUUAAUGCUUUGCACAAUGGUUAUAAUCAUAUUUUUGAAGCUUUAUUAUUAAUUGCUAAAAACACCGAUCAAUCAGCAGAAACGAAAAACGAGGCACAAAGUCUUGGCAAAAAAAUGGAAAAAUUGAAGACCGUUAUCCUAACUGAGACAUGGAAUGACCUUCUGGGAGCUAUAAAUAAAACAAGCUUAAGUUUACAGAAUAAUACUAUAACAAUGGACGUUGCAACAAAACUGUUUGCAUCACUUAGCGAGUAUAUUAGUAAUGCACGCAAUAAUUUUGAUCAGUAUGAAUCGGCCGCCAAAGAAAUUAAUCCAAAUUCUGACUAUAAAGAUAAAUUUCAAAGAAUAAGAAUUCGAAAUGAAAGUGAGAAUACUGGAAGACUAAGUACAGUAAAAGGUUAUAUGAGUUAUGCUGUUGAUGGAAAUGGUCCUACACAAAAUUCAGGAUUUCAAUCUACAUCUGAAGGAGGAGGAAGUGUUGAGCUCAUCAUUCCUUUAUCACACUUAGAGACUGUGCAGUUGAGUGGUAAAGAAAAAUUUUAUGUAGAAACGUUCCUUCCCAUAAUCGACACGCUAAAUACACAUUUAAUACAACGAUCGGAAUCGUACAAAGAAAUUAAUGAACGUUUUAGUUUUUUUACUCAGUUACGAACAAUUGAACCUAAUCAUUUGAAAAAAAAAUGCAAAGAAUUGGCAGAUUUCUAUUGUGAAGACAUAAACACUAAUGAGUUAAAUUCAGAAUGUUUUCAUUUAAGGGAAUACUUGAAAACCUUCAAAAAUGAAUCCAUGGACUUAAGUAUCUUAGACAUACAUUCUUUAAUAAAAGCAGACAAAUUAGCAGAAACAUUCCCAAACGUGGAAGUUGCCACAAGGAUUUUCCUUUGCCUCAUGAUCACCAAUUGCAGUGGGGAGCGCUCAUUUUCACAACUAAAAAGAAUAAAAAACGAAUUACGAACAACUAUGUUGCAAGAACGGUUAACCAAUUUGUCAAUAAUGUGCAUAGAAAGUGAUCUCCUUCAAAAACUAGACUUCGAAGAUAUAAUUGAAGAUUUUGCACAUCAGAAAUCUCGAAAAAAGCCGUUGCUUACUUAA